AUGGAGGAAAAGCGAGGGAGAUCAAGAAAAUCCACGGACGCAGCACCGCCCGAUGUAAGACUUCAUGAGGACUACUACAACGAGGGAGGAAUGGAGACGCACGCCACUCGAGAAGAGGUCGCGUUCGAGUCGACUGCCAACGAGGCGGCAGACGCUUUCGGCGGAAUACCAGAGGGCACCGUGGCUGCAAAAGGUGCGAUCAAGAAACCCAAGCAUCUUGAUAGGGACGCACAGCUAGAUCUGCCCUGGGUGCAGGAACUUGUCGAGAAAAUCCAGCGGGGCCUUCGCAACCGCAGACAGACCAAGUUCUCUGCCGACUUCUUCUAUGACCAUCUCCAGCCAGCCAUCAAGACUGCCUGCCACCACAGCUGUCGUCAGGUGCGCAAAGACCGACUAGACGGCGGAAGCCAGUAUGCCGAUGGAAAGCACUUUCACGAGAAAGUGCGGACGCCGGGAACGAUGGUCUGGGGUCCAGCUGCACAGCCUCUGCGAAACAAAAACACCCCAAUCACCGCGGAGUCCCGAGUCCCGGCGCCCAGUGGAACAACCAGAAGAUAUAUCCGCAACUCGUUGUCGACCCUGGUGUGCAUGUGGUUAUGA